UUGCACUGAGCACCUUAUCUUUCCAGCUAGCCAAGCACGCCUUCAAGUAUCCCUUCAGACUCUCCCACAAAACACUUCCUUUCCUGCCGGUAGAAGAGAUUCCAAUGGCUACUCUACCCUCUCCCUUUCUCUUCUUCUUCCUCCUUUCCCUCUCUCUCUUCGCCAUCGACACUCAAGCCCAGGUUCCUGCAGCACAACAAUUCAAAUGGGUAAACCAAGGUCCAAUUGGUGAAUACUUUACUGAAUUCGGUGCCUACUAUCGCGAUCCUCCAAUUGCUGGUUUCUUUCGCUUUCCUUUCCGCCUAACCUUCUACAACACCACGCCAAAUGCUCAUGUCUUAGCCAUACGCAUGGGGAGCCAUAGGGGUGAAGCCAUCAUGCGCUGGGUCUGGGAUGCCAACCGCAACAAUCCUGUCCAUGAGAAUGCCACACUCACCUUUGGCCGCAACGGCAAUCUCGUCCUUGCUGAAGCAGACGGCCGCAUCGUCUGGCAAACGAACACUGCCAACAGAGGUGUUACUGGCUUUAGUCUCCACCCCAAUGGAAAUCUAGUCCUCCACGACAAGAAUGGGAGGUUCUUGUGGCAGAGCUUCGACCACCCGACUGAUACCCUCUUAGUAGGUCAGUCUCUCAGACUGGAUGGUACCAAGAAGCUUGUUAGCCGCACAUCCAAUGUGGAUGGAUCCGACGGUCCAUACAGCUUCGCUAUAGGUCCCAAUGAAGCCAUGAUGUACAUGAAUCAUUCUGGUACCCUUCUUCCGUAUGGAGGUUGGAAGCGCCCUCAUUCGCCGAUUGAAGCAGUCAUCCUUGCCAUUGAACCAGAUCCCAUACGUGAAACUGAAGAGGCAUAUGCAUUUUAUUUAAAUUUGCAUAUCCUAGUUAAUGGGAGCAACUUGGGUGAGAUAGAAUUGGUUAGAAUCAAUUACAAUUCCACAUAUUCAUUCCUACGGUUGGGAUCAGACGGUAAUCUAAGGACGUUCACUUACUACAACAAGGUAUUAUACAGUCCAUGGAUGCCAACGUAUGCAUUCUUCUCCGGCGACUAUGAUUCGUACCCAUUCUAUGAUUUCGGUUACGAUAGAAGGUGCGGACUGCCGAAGAAAUGCGGUUCAUUUGGAUUGUGCCGAGAGGGGAUGUGUGUUGCGUGCCCUCAGCGACAAGGCAUGUUGGGUUGGAGUGAGAACUGCGCGCCUCCGAAGCUCUCAUCAUGCAAGGUUGGCUCAGCUGUCGAUUACUACAAGAUCGACAGUGUAGAACACUUCUUGAGUCGAAAUGAAGAGGGAGUAGGGCCCAUGAAGGUUGAAGAGUGUAGGGAGAAAUGCAGCAAGGAUUGCAAGUGUGCAGGGUUCUUCUAUUGGAAGGAUACUUCCAAGUGUUGGCUCGUUCCUGUUCUUGGUACGUUGAGGAAAGUAGAAGAUUCAUCCCACACUGCUUAUAUCAAGUUCUCUAAGUAAAAGUUUCAUCUCCCCACCUUGUUUUUCUCUUCAGCUUGUUUUUAAAGACUGUAUUUUCUAGACUUUUCAUUUUGCAACGUUGCAAGAAUGUCACCUUCUGUUGUUUUACCAUUUGAAUAAAUUCUCUUUGAGACUUAUCCACAA